AUGUAUAUCCCAUGCAUAACAGUCAUGGCGUUUUUUGUAUAUCAAGUGUUAGAGAUAGGUAUGUCUGAUAUGAUCGAGCAUAUUUUUGUCAAUCCUGCUGUGCAUAAGAUUCACAACUUUCCUGGCAUUCUGAAAAUGGAAUACAAUCCAAAUGAUCCAUGGGUGAACUUUUAUGCUUUCAAAAGUGGGGUAAUGUGUACUCCCAUAUUGUUGCUUCCAUUGAUGGUCAAGCUAAUUCUCCUGGCCUUGACAUUCAAGAGGAGUGAUAAGAAAGAUAAUAAUGCCUUUCUGUGGGUACACAUGAUUUUAAUGUUAUUUCUGACCUUUGCCGACAUGAUAGUUCUUUAUACAUAUGAUCAAGACAAGACUAAGAAUCUAUCUCCCAAUCUGAACAUCUACAUCUAUAGGAACCACACCUGGUUCUACUUGACUCACUGUAUCGCCGAAUUUAUUUCCUUGGGAUGGACAGUUGGAAUGUGCUAUGGAUUGUUAUUUUGUAGGUGA